AGAAGCAGCGCGGAGCCCGCGGAGAGCCCCACCGGCGCAGGAGGAGCGACCUGCCGUGCCUAGUCUGCCGCGAAGAUGCCGAAAACGAUCAGUGUGCGUGUUACCACCAUGGAUGCUGAGCUGGAGUUUGCCAUCCAGCCCAACACUACAGGGAAGCAACUCUUUGAUCAGGUCGUCAAGACAAUUGGUUUAAGAGAAGUCUGGUUUUUUGGACUUCAGUAUCAGGACACCAAGGGCUUCUCAACAUGGCUGAAAUUGAACAAAAAGGUAACAGCACAGGAUGUACGCAAAGAAAGCCCCUUGCUUUUCAAAUUCCGUGCCAAGUUCUACCCAGAGGAUGUGGCAGAAGAGCUGAUCCAGGACAUCACACAGCGCCUUUUCUUCCUCCAAGUGAAGGAAGCAAUUCUGAAUGAUGACAUUUAUUGCCCUCCAGAAACAGCUGUUCUUCUGGCUUCUUACGCUGUCCAGUCAAAAUAUGGAGACUUUAACAAAGAGGUGCACAAGUCUGGCUACCUUGGUAGUGACAAACUGCUCCCACAGAGAGUUCUGGAGCAGCACAAGCUUAACAAAGACCAGUGGGAGGAGAGGAUCCAGGUGUGGCAUGAGGAACAUCGAGGAAUGAUUAGAGAAGAUGCUGUCUUGGAGUACCUGAAAAUUGCACAGGAUCUAGAAAUGUAUGGCGUGAACUACUUCAGCAUUAAGAACAAGAAGGGCUCUGAACUCUGGCUGGGUGUAGAUGCUCUUGGACUCAACAUUUAUGAACAGAAUGACAGGCUAACACCGAAAAUUGGAUUCCCUUGGAGUGAGAUCAGAAAUAUCUCAUUCAAUGACAAGAAAUUUGUUAUCAAGCCUAUUGACAAGAAAGCACCAGACUUUGUAUUCUAUGCCCCUCGGUUACGGAUUAACAAACGAAUCUUGGCACUUUGCAUGGGGAACCAUGAGCUCUACAUGCGCAGACGUAAACCAGAUACCAUUGAGGUGCAGCAGAUGAAAGCACAGGCUCGGGAAGAGAAGCAUCAGAAACAGAUGGAGAGAGCCCUGCUGGAGAAUGAGAAGAAGAAGAGGGAGUUGGCAGAAAAGGAGAAGGAGAAGAUUGAACGUGAGAAGGAGGAGCUAAUGGAGAGACUCAAGCAAAUUGAGGAGCAAACCAAGAAAGCUCAGCAAGAACUGGAAGAACAGACUCGCAGAGCUAUGGAGCUGGAACAGGAGAGAAAACGAGCUCAGGAGGAAGCAGAGAAACUGGCUAAAGAACGCAGAGAAGCAGAAGAGGCAAAGGAGGCCCUACUGAAAGCGUCCCAUGAUCAACAAAAGACCCAGGAACAGCUGGCUGCUGAGAUGGCAGAACUCACAGCUAGGAUCACGCAGCUGGAGCUGGCCAGGCAGAAGAAGGAGAGCGAGGCCCAGGAGUGGCAACAGAAGGCACAGAUGGUGCAGGAGGACCUAGAAAAGACCAAAGAGGAGUUGAAGACUGCCAUGAGCACCCCUCACGUCACUGAGCCCAUGCACUCUGAGAAUGAGCAUGAUGAUGAGCAGGAUGAGAAUGCAGCAGAAGCCAGUGCUGAGCUACGAUCAGAGGCCACCAUCAAGGACCGCAGUGAGGAGGAGCGCACCACUGAAGCAGAGAAGAACGAACGGGUCCAGAAACACUUGAAGGCUCUUUCCUCGGAGCUGGCAAAUGCUCGGGAUGAAACCAAGAAGACAACCAAUGAUAUGAUCCAUGCUGAGAACAUGCGUCUGGGCCGAGACAAGUACAAGACCCUCCGUCAGAUUCGGCAGGGCAACACCAAGCAGCGCAUUGAUGAGUUUGAGUCCAUGUAAACUCUCCCCUGCACCUGCUGCCCUGCACUCUCUUCUUCCCUCUUUCCCAUCCUCUCCCAUCAUUCACUCAUAAUCGUGCUACGCUGGAACCACUACAGAA